GGUUGGUGCUGAUGAUUAUAGGUAUUUAAUCAGCAAAAAUAGUCAUCUGCUUAGAGGUCAAGAAAUUAAUUAUUCUUAUCAACUAAUGCCAACCAAAAUUUCGCUGAUGAAAUUUAGUAAAUCACUCGAACACAAGACAUUGCUCAAGGUACAGGAAGGUAGUGGAACCUUCCUGAAUACACUAGAGAUGCUACUCCAGAUUCUCUUAAUGGCUGUAACCAAUAAAUGA